GUCUGCUAGCAACGGAUGGCUUCUUGGAAUUCUCGAAACUUUAAAACCAUGAAGCAUCUAUUAUUGCUGCUAUUGUGUGUUUCUAUAGUUAAGUGCCAACUUUCCACAGACUACGAAGAUGAGGAUGAAGAUGCUGGGCCUGCGGCCACACUGGAUGCCCGUGGCCAUCGACCCCGUGACAAGAAAAGGGAAGAAGCUCCCAGACUGAGGCCUGCCCCACCUCCCCUUAGUGGAGGUGGCUAUAAGGCGCGUCCGACUAAAACAGCCCUUGGCCAAAAGAAAGUGGAAAGGAAAGCCCCUGAUGCUGGGGGCUGCCUUCAUGCUGAUCCAGACCUGGGAGUGCUGUGUCCUACAGGAUGCCAGUUACAAGAUACUUUGGUAAACCAGGAACGACCCAUCAGAAAUAGUGUUAAUGAGUUAAAUAACAACCUAGAGUCUGUCUCCCAGACAGCUUCUACCAGCUUCCAGUAUAUGACCCUACUCCGAGACAUGUGGAAAAAGAAGCAGAAGCAAGUAAAAGAUAACGAAAAUGUCAUUAAUGAAUACUCCUCCUUGCUGGAGCAGCAGCAGUUGUAUAUCGAUGAGACUGUGAAUAGUCAUGUCCCCAGUAACCUUCGUGUGCUCCGUUCAAUCCUGGAAAACCUGAGAAGCAAAAUACAAAAGCUGGAAUCUGACAUUUCAGCUCAGAUGGAAUAUUGCCGCACACCAUGCAGUGUCAGUUGCAAUGUUCCUGUGGUGUCUGGCAAAGAAUGUGAGGAAAUUAUCAGGAAAGGAGGCGAGACAUCUGAAAUGUACCUCAUUCAGCCCGACAGUUCUAUCAAACCCUACAGAGUGUACUGUGAUAUGAACACAGAAAAUGGAGGGUGGACAGUAAUUCAGAACCGCCAAGAUGGUAGUGUUGACUUUGGCAGGAAAUGGGUUCCUUAUAAACAAGGAUUUGGAAAUGUUGCAACCAAUGGAGAUGGCAAAAACUUCUGUGGCCUACCAGGUGAGUAUUGGCUUGGAAAUGAUAAAAUCAGCCAGCUUACCAAAAUGGGGCCCACGGAGCUUUUGAUUGAAAUGGAAGACUGGAAAGGCGACAAGGUGAAGGCCCUCUAUGGAGGAUUCACUGUGCAGAAUGAGGCCAGCAAGUACCAGAUCUCAGUGAACAAAUAUAAAGGAACGGCUGGCAAUGCCCUCAUGGACGGAGCUUCUCAACUGGUGGGAGAAAACAGAACUAUGACCAUUCACAAUGGCAUGUACUUCAGCACAUAUGACCGAGACAAUGACGGCUGGAUAACAGCAGAUCCAAGUAAACAGUGUUCUAAGGAGGACGGUGGUGGAUGGUGGUAUAACAGAUGCCAUGCAGCCAAUCCAAAUGGCAGAUACUACUGGGGUGGACAUUACAGGUGGGAUAUGGCAAAACAUGGCACAGAUGACGGAAUAGUCUGGAUGAAUUGGAUGGGGUCAUGGUACUCUAUGAAGAAGAUGUCUAUGAAGAUCAGACCCUUCUUCCCACAACAAUAGUUCCCCCAACAGCAUAGGUUUUUAUUCUAUAUAUGGAAACACUUUUGUACAUGAUGUUAUUGCAAUUUUCUUUCAUAUAUUAGUUCCCACAAGAACUGUCAAAAGAUUGUGAGUGUGACAUUUUGGAAAAAUUAUUUGGGAUAAAUAAUAUUAAAAAGGGCACAGAACUUCCUUUUUUAAAUUGCUCAUUUGUAUUGCUCACCAAGAGAAACCUAAAAGGAUAAACAGGAUCAGAAAUUCUAUGCCAAGUGAUCAUGGAAAAUUUCAAUUUAGCAACAGCAAUUUUCUAUACUUAUUGAAAAACUGCAAAGCAUCCCCCACCCCCACCCCCGCGCAAAAAAACCCUUAAAUUUUAAAAAGCCCACUUUAAGAAUUCUAUUUACUUAUAUAAGGUCUAUCACACAUCAAAAAGGCUUUCAAAAAUAUAUGUUCAUUAAACCAGUCUCUGUUCAACUAA